CAUGGUGAGGCUGACAGAAAACAGACCAUGACAAAACUGAAGCACUGAAUCAUGACACCUGCCUGCACUUUUCUGAACACCUGUUUGUGUGUGGCGCUUUAGUUGACACUGUUUUUCGUGUCUGAUCUAUGCCAUAGCACCUUUAGAAUGUCACCUUUAACACCUUUACAGGGCAUUGAUUUAGAUGAUUGCAUCCCGAAGAGAUUUCCAUGUCAUGAACAGAUGAGGACUGCAGCCGCUCUAAGACCGGAUCACGGAGAGACAGGAGCUGCGGUCCGGUGUGGCCCCGGGCUGUGGGCGGCGCACCGCUCCGGUCUGACGGCUCCUCAGCCAGUCAGUCAGUCAGCCAGCGCGCGCGGAGCAGAGUAGCGGGCGCACCGUGACAAGAGCGACUCAGAGACAACCCGGAUCUUGAUGGGGCUGUAUAGGGUCUGAACAGGGAACCCUCCCCGCGCCCGCCCUAACUGUGACAGUUUGAUCCUCCAGGACUCUCUGCUCCUCCAACAUGGAGACUCCCCGCGGGUGCUGGCUGCUCCUCACAGCGCAGCUCCUUCUUGGCUGCCAACAAGCUGAGGCCUACACACACAGAAAUCCUCGCAAGUUCUCAGAGGACAUAGACUGGUCAUAUGCUGGUACAUUAAACCAAAACAACUGGGCUAAGAAGUUCCCAUCAUGCAGCAAUGCCAAGCAGUCUCCCAUCAACAUCGAUGAGAGCCUGAGCCAGGUCAAGCAGCAGUUCCAGAAGCUGACGAUGGACGGCUGGGAAGGCCUGACGGGAGACGGCACCGACAUGAAGAAUGAUGGCAAGACGGUGGCAAUAGAUGUGGAUGGAGACUUUUAUUUGAGUGGAGGGGGUCUAAGGUCAAAGUUUAAGGUGGGACGCAUCACAUUCCACUGGGGGCGCUGCAACACCUCCUCCGAGGGCUCUGAACACAGUCUGGAUGGAGUCAAGUACCCCCUUGAGAUGCAGAUCUUCUGCUAUGAUGACACCCAGUUCAUCUCCUUAGAUGAAUCCAUCAAGACCAGAGGCAGAAUCACAGCGCUCGCCGUUCUAAUCGAGACGAGACCCGAGGACAACAUGAACUUUGCUCCCAUCAUAGAUGGUGUCCUGAGCGUGAGCAGAUAUGGUAAAAAUGGAAGAGUGUCACCCUUCACCCUUCAAGGCCUCCUGCCAAACUCCACAGAAAAAUACUUCACCUACAACGGCUCCCUGACCACCCCGCCCUGCCUGGACACUGUGGAGUGGAUCGUCUUCAAGAAUCCGGCGGCCAUCUCUGAGCAGCAGCUGGAGGUGUUCUGUGAGGUGAUGACCAUGCAGCAGGCCGGCUACGUCAUGCUAAUGGACUACCUGCAGAACAACUACAGAGAACAGCAGGAGCAAUUCGUGGGUCAGGUGUUCUCCUCCUACACAGGGGUGGAAGAGAUCUCCACACCAGUCUGCAGCUGCGAGCCAGAGAACCUGCAGGCGACGCCACUGAACGUCAGCAGCGUGCUGGUGACGUGGGAGCGGCCUCGCGCCGUGUACGACUCCUUCAUCAACAUGUACUCCGUCACCUACAGACUGGCGGAUGAAGAAGACUCUGAGUUGUUCAGAUACUUGACUGAUGGCGAUCAGGAUGUGGGGGCCAUUCUGGAUGAUCUGUUAGCCAACAGAAGCUACGACGUUCAGGUGAUGGCCAUCUGCUCCAACGGCCAGAAAGGGCGAGUGAGCAACCUGCUGAGGGUCAUGGCGCCCCUGGAUUCUCCGGAAAACUCUCCUGAGCUGGAGUAUGAGGAGUAUGAGGAGGACCUGUUGAGAUCCGAGCUGUCCUGGAACGAACUUCACCAACCUAAGACUGAUGACUUACAUUGGGGUCCAUUGAGGAGCACCACUGCCUCGCCGCCGCUUCCUGAGAAUAAAGUCACAGCUGCAGCUCCAGAAAGCACCACAGACUCAGGUCAAGCGCCGCCUACUUCAGAGGACACGCCCCACCGACCACCAGAAAGCUCCACCCCUUCAUACACAGACGCCGAAACACUCGGUGUACGCCCCGACGACUCCUCUGAUGGAGGAACCCUGACCCCCCCAAGCUCUGCUGAUGGCUUGUGGUAUAUCACCGUGCCCCACGCAGGAGCUGCAGACACCUCCCCAUCAGCAUUUAUCCAUGGAUAUGGUGAUGGAGAUCUGUCCCCCAGAGCCACACUUGAACCCACAGAAGCUCCUCCUCCUUCUACCAGAACGAGGACUUCCAGCUCGCUCCCCGUGUCUGCUCCUGACUCUGUCUUGUUGCGAGGUGUUCUUUUGCAGCCCACACAGCUGCCAUCCAACGGUGAGCCGAGCUCUGUUUUUACCCCGUCCUCCUCUUCUGCCCCUCCCCUUCUGGAUCCAAGCCCCGCCCUCUCUACCCGCUUGCUUGACCCUUCCGUGCUGUGGGGUGUGUUUUCCGCCUCUGCUCUGGACUCCCAGCAUGCUGCUUCUGCACACCUCCCUAGCAAAGACCCGGCUCCUCCUUCAACCCUGUCUGCCUCCCCAACCCCACCCCACCCCGCUGACUUUAUGCACACCAGUGUUAGUACUGAUGAUAGUUUGCAGUCCUGGUCCUCGAGCGCCCCCUUGGUUUUUGGUGCCACUCCCCCCUUGGAGACGGUGCUAGAACUGUCCAGCACCCCGCCUGCCGAGUCCCUCUGGGACGUGUCCCUGCUCUCUCUGUCCCUCCAGCCUUCAGUCACUUUGUCUGGGAGUGCUUUUGCCGGGACUGCCGGCUUGUCCAGGUCUGUGCUGGGGGGGUUAGAGGACCCCAAGUACGCCACAGGAAGCACCGUAGAGUCCGUCUUCCCUGGGGUAGUCAGUGACAGCUUUGUGUUAGCGAGUGACGAGGACGCUCUGUGCAGCUGCUCCAUGGAACUGUCCGCCUCCUCGUCCUGGUUUCACGCCUCCUCUCAUGAACCUCUUCCGACCUCUGCACGGGGCUCUCCUACCUUGGGGCUUGACUCUGGUGCUGGCCCCCUCUCGGCCUCUGGUGUGGGUGUGGACGCCUCGGGUGGCCUGCUCUUCCAUGCUGCUGUCUCUCCCUCUCUAUCCUCCCAGUUUUUUCCUGCCUCCCACAGUGACCCGCCUGUUUCUGUUGCAGCGUCAGCCACAGCAGACUCUGGGCCUUCGGCGUCCGAGGAGAACGCUGCCAUCCCAACCUCCCCACCCCCGUCCUCCCCCUCUGCCUCCCUGUUAGAUCCCACCACAGACGGACUCGUGUUUGACUCCAGCAGCAGCGCCUCUGGCUCUGCCCACGGAUCCCUGGAGGGCAUAGAUCAGGAGUGGGACAGGGUCCAGAGUUCUGCCUCUGGGGAGGCUCCGCUCGAUUUUUCCCCUCAUGUCUUUAGCACGACCCCUCCCUCCCCGGAACUCGAUCAGACCCCCUAUGAUCUGGAAGAGCACUCCUCAGCAUUUUACUUUGACAGUGGAAGCGGCAGUGCCUUCCCCCCGGAGGUGGGGGGCACUGUGCCUCUCUCUGGCUCAGAGGUGACCCCAGCCCCACCCUGGUCCGUGGGGCUGGGGGAGGAGAGCGGCUCAGGGCAAGGCGAAAGCCUGUAUGACAAUGAGACGUCUUCUGACUUCAGUAUCUCUGAACACACAGACAGAGAGUUGGAGGAUGACGAGCCCAUAGCAGAUGCUAGCAACAGUAGCCAUGAAUCCAGGGUGGGCUCCAUCAGUGAAGCUCAGAGGAAGGCUGUGCUGCCUCUGGCUGUCAUCUCCACCCUCACCGUCCUCGCUCUGAUCGUCCUCAUCGGGAUUCUGGUUUACUGGAGAGUGUGUUUUCAGACGGCGCAUUUCUACAUCAAUGACACCUCAUCUGCCAGAGUCAUCACUGCACAGCCGUCUGCUGCGCCGCAGGAUGAAGAGCAAACAGCGCUUCCUCUGAAGGACUUUGUUGAGCACGUGGCUGAUCUUCACAGCAGUCAAGGCUUUCAGCGGGAGUUUGAGAUGCUGAAGGAGAGUUACGAGGAGGUGCAGGAAUGCACAGUCGACAUGGACAUGACCACGGACAGCGCCAACCUUCCUGAUAAUAAAGUCAAGAACAGAUACAGCAACAUCCUGGCCUAUGACCACAGCCGAGUGCGACUGUCACUGCAGGCUGAUAAAGAUGGAAAGACAACAGACUACAUCAAUGCCAACUUUGUGGAUGGUUUCCAGAAACCAGGUGCGUACAUUGCCGCUCAGGGCCCGGUGAAGUCCAGCACAGAAGACUUCUGGAGGAUGAUCUGGGAGAGAGACGUGCGCACCAUCGUUAUGAUCACAAACCUGGUGGAGAAAGGACGAAGGAAGUGUGACCAGUACUGGCCCCUGGAGAUGCAGGAGGAGUAUGGAAACUUCUUGGUAACACUGAAGAGCAGCAGAGUUUUGGCCUUCCACACUGUGAGGACCUUCUCAGUGUGGAACAGCCUAGGCAAAAAGGGCUCUCAGAAGGGGCGUGGCAAAGAACGAAUAAUAACACAGUACCAUUACACCCAGUGGCCAGACAUGGGCGUCCCAGAAUUCACUCUGCCUCUGCUCAGCUUCAUCCGCAAGUCCUCCAGAGCGGGGCAGGAGGGGCCGGGCCCCAUGCUGGUGCACUGCAGCGCUGGGGUAGGCCGCACAGGAACGUACAUCGCUCUGGACAGCAUGCUGAAGCAGAUCCAGAAGGAAGACAGAGUCAAUAUCACAGGCUUCCUCAAACAUAUCCGCACUCAGAGAAACCACCUGGUUCAGACUAAGGAACAGUACAUCUUCAUCCAUGACGCCCUGGUGGAGGCCAUCCUGUCUGGAGAGACAGAGGUGGCUGCGGCUCACCUGCACAGGUACGUGGGUGAACUGCUCACCCCGGGACCUUCUGGGAAGACACGUCUGGACAAACAGUUUGAGCUGCUCUGUCAGCCUGAGGUCCAGCGGAGUGAACUUUCUUCAGCUCUGCAGGAGUCCAGCAGGAACAGGAGCACUUCAGUCAUUCCAGUUGGGAGGUCGAGAGUGUGUCUCUCCACUGCAGCAGGAGAAACCUCAGACUACAUAAAUGCAUCCUACAUUUCUGGUCACAGGUUGAGGAACGAGUUCAUAAUUACCCAGCACCCUUUGCCAGGCACCAUCAGGGACUUCUGGAGGAUGGUGUGGGAUCACAACGCUCCAGUCAUUGUGUCUCUGCCUGGGCCAAAGGCAGAGGAGGAGGAGGAGCUUUGUGCCUUCUGGCCCACCAAAGGACAACCCUUAAACUAUGGGGUGUUCACGGUGUCUCACAGGAGUGAGAAUCAUGUCUGUCUGUCCAAUGAAGACAUACUGGUGGUCCAGGACUACACGCUGGAAGCCACGCAGGACGACUAUGUUCUGGAAGUAAGACAUUACCAGGCUGCCUGCUGGCCAAACCCAAACACUUCUAUCAGCCAGACGUUUGAGCUCCUCCGUCUGGUGAAAGAGGAAAACUCUUUGAAGGACGGUCCAAUCAUCAUCCAUGAUGAUGUGGGUGGGGUCACAGCAGGAACGUUCUGCGCUCUGUCCUCUCUGAUGCAUCAACUGGAGGUUGAAGAUACCGUCGAUGUGUUCCAAGCGGCCAAAAUGAUAAACCUCAUGAGACCAGGAGUCUUCAGCAACAUCGAUCAGUUCCAGUUUCUGUACAAAGCCAUGCUCAGCCUCGUUGGAACUCAAGAAGACCAGAAGACCUUCCAGUCCUCCAACAGCAAUGGGACCAUUGUGGUGGGCGCUGCCAGCACCGCCGAAAGCCUUGAGUCUCUGGUGUAGCAGCCUCUCCUGAAAACAAGGGACACUCACAAAAUACAUUCCUUCUUCCUCCAGACGGCAGAGCUGUGCUGCGUCUCAGUGCAGAAGUCUGGAUUCUGGAUGGGGAGAGGCGUUUGUCUUUCCUCUUUGCCGAAUUUGGAAUCUGUAUUUUUCAUAUUUUGUGCCUUCUGUAUGUUUGAUGCUGUCCUUCUAACUUUGAAACGAGCCCUAGAUUAACGUCAGCAGCCUUCGGCUGUGUUUGGAUGGAAAUAUUUCUUCCUAAAAUCCUUUAUUUAUUGGGAAAAAGAGAAGCGCUGCAUCUUUUUGCAUAAAUAUUUUGUUAGUUUGUCUUUUAUAGAGCUUUUGCACUGAACUUGAUGAAAACCAUGUAACCAUUGUAGGAUCUAAUAAUAAUAUUCUAAUGUAAAUAAUAUUAUGGUAAUCACCUCAAUGGACCAAAUUUCUAUUUAUCAGUUAGAUUUUUAUAUCCAAACUAUUUUAGUGCAUAACCUGAUUUGACUCUGCUUAGCUGGGAAGCUUCUCUAACCUGUUCUGUAACAGACUAAAGUCAUGAAAUGUAGCUGCCUGUGAAACCAGGAGGAUUAAAUCUGUGACAGAGCGCUGGA